AUGACUAUGUCUUCAAGAAGAACUGGCGCCAAGCUCUUGAACAGCCUCCAGACGAACAAUUACCCUGACUCCACCGGCAGGGUCUCCCCAGCGCCGGGUGAGGGCGCUUGUACUCCCAGCAUCAGCUCCCCGGCUGUAACUAUCAAGUCCAUCGGAUAUGCCAUCAUCGACUACGGAUUUAUGGCAGAAUUGGACACGCCAAAUCAGGCCCCAACU